AUGACAGAUGAAAAUGGGAAGUUGUGGAGAGGAGAAUUCCAUUGUGAACGAAUCCUGGUAUCAUACUUCUCUGAACUUUUUGAAACUUAUUGUCCGCUGAUUGAGGAAGACGUUCUGGAGGUGGUGAAAGAUAGAUUAAGGCCAGAGCAUAUAGCACACUGCGAGGAUACGUUUACGGGGGAGGAAGUCAAGGAAGCACUCUUUCAAAUGCAUCCACUCAAAGCUCCGGGACCGGAUGGCCUCCCUUCUCUUUUCUACCAAAAGUAUUGGAAUAUUGUAGGGCCGGAAAUCACCCAUUUAGCCUUGGAAGUCCUUAAUAACAAUAUGGAUCCCAGCUCCAUUAACAACACCUUCAUUGCCCUUAUCCCCAAGUGUAAACACCCAAAAAGCCCGAAAGAUUACCGACCAAUAAGCCUCUGCAAUGUUCUCAUGAAAAUCAUUACAAAAACUAUUGCCAAUAGGAUUAAGUCUUUCCUCCCUGACAUUAUCGAUGAGGAACAAAGUGCUUUUGUAAAAGGCCGUCUCAUUACCGACAAUGCUCUUGUGGCUUUAGAGUGCUUCCACUGGAUGAAGAAGAAAAAGAAAGGGAAGCGUGGUUUCAUGGCCCUUAAGCUCGACAUGUCUAAGGCGUAUGAUCGAGUGGAAUGGGAUUUUAUUUUCAAAGUUCUGUACUCAAUGGGUUUCCCUGAAAAGUUCGUGAAGCUGAUUGUCAAUUGUGUCUCCACAGUGUCCUAUAAGAUCCUCCUCAAUGGCCAACCCACCAUGAGUUUUAUUCCGGGAAGAGGUCUCCGACAAGGAGAUCCUCUCUCCCCAUACUUAUUCAUACUGUGUGCUAAUGUCUUUUCAGGUUUGCUUAAGAAAGGAGUGGCGGACAAGCAGAUCCAUGGAGUGAAGGUUGCCAGAAGUGCUCCGGUGAUAUCUCACCUUUUCUUUGCAGAUGACAGCCUCCUAUUUUCCAGAGCCAAUUCCAAUGAGGCUAGGAAACUUCUGGACAUCCUGCAUCAAUACCAGACAGCCUCGGGCCAGAUUGUUAAUUUUGAAAAAUCAGAGGCUUCCUUCAGCUCUAAUGUCAGCAAUGCAGAUAAAGCCAACAUACAAAACAUAAUGAGAGUCAACACGGUUCAGAGACAUACGAAGUAUUUGGGGAUACCGCUUAUUUUUGGCAGAUCAAAGAAAGAUAUAUUCAAGUUAGUGGUGGAUAGAGUGCAGAAAAAAGUCAAAGGGUGGAAGGAAAAAGUCUUAUCUAAAGUGGGAAAAGAGGUCCUCAUUAAAGCUGUAGCUCAAGCAAUCCCAAACUACAUCAUGGGGUGCUACAAAAUGCCGGAAGCUGUUUGUCACGAGAUUGAGAGCAUUGUGUCAAAAUUCUGGUGGGGAAGUAAGGAGGGUGAGCGUAAAAUUCAUUGGAUGCGAAGGGAGAGAAUGGCUAUAGCAAAGAAAGCUGGUGGGCUGGGUUUCAGAGGAUUCAGCGAGUUCAAUAAAAGCUUACUGGGCAAGCAUUUCUGGAGAUUAAUGAAGGAGGAGGGAUCCCUUUUUGAAAGAGUUUUCAAGAGCAGGUACUACCCCAACCGAUCCAUCCAAGAUAGCAAAUUAGGAUUUAAUACUAGCUACGCUUGGAGAAGCAUUUUUUCAUCGCGAGAAUUAGUAUUAAGUGGCACAAGGUGGUGUAUUGGUAAUGGAGACAAGGUGGUGGCAAAGAAAGACAACUGGAUUCCUACGAUAGCGGGUUUUAAAGUAGUAGGACAGAUGAUGAAUUCGGGGCCAGAAGUUAGAGUGAGCCAUUUUAUUGAUCAUGAGCUGAGCAUAUGGCGGACUGAUUUGGUGGAAGAUACUUUUGAGGCAGGCGAUGCAAAACAUAUACUGGGAAUUCCCCUUUCAAGAAGGCGUGUUGAAGACUCACAAGUAUGGCACUACGAAGAAUCGGGAGAAUAUUCUGUGAGAACAGCAUACCAUUUGUGCAUGCAGGAUAAGGCGGCGAAAGCACGUGGGCCUUCUGCUACACCUUCCCAGGAGCUUUGGAAGAAGAUCUGGAAUGCUCCAAUUCAUACCAGAAUUAAACACUUUUUGUGGAGGCUUGCUAACAACAUUCUUCCUACCAAAGCGAAAUUGAGGCAUAGAGGGGUGAUUCUUGAAGAAACUUGUGGAUUGUGUCAACAGGGAAUCGAAUCGGCUAACCAUUUGUUCACUCAAUGUGACUUUACUCGGCGGGCUUUCUUUGCUUCUGUUACAGGCUACCACUGCAAUGGAGAGGUUGACAUUAAUGUUUGGUUGGUGGAAUUGCUGUCAAAUAGAAACGUGUUCUUUGUGCAGGUGUCGUGUUACCUUCUCCAUCAAAUAUGGAAAGCGCGCAAUCUCAAGCUCUAUCAACAGAAGGAAGAGGACCCUGUUAAAGUGGCUAUGGACGCUGGGGAUGCUGUCAUGGAGCUCAAUCAACACAACCCGACGUGGUCUAAGGACAAGAGUCUUGUUAACAUGGACAACCAGAGGAGAUCAGAUGCUGACUUUCACACUGUAAAGGUAGAUGCUGGCUUAGAUGACAAUGCCUUGGUGACCUUUGGUUGUGUGAUUUUAGACAAGGAGGAAAUGCCGCUGCUGUCUCUAUGCAAGAAGGAAGCUUUCAGCACCAGCCCUGGGUUAGCAGAAUGCAUGGCUCUACGAUGGAGUAUGGAAACAACCAUUAAGCUAAACCUUCGCAAUGUGCUCUUUCAGUCAGACGCGAAAGCAAUGGUGGACUGUGUCAAUGCAGUCACCAAAGAUGUUUGUUUGGGUGUGGUAGCUGAUGAUUGCCGUAACUUAUUGAAGUUCUUUACAAAUGCUGAUGUUAUGUUUAUUCCUAGGAAGUUUAAUUCUGUUGCCCAUGAUCUAGCUCAAUUAGCAAAAUCAGUAGGAUCAAAAACUUGGCUGGGAGCAUGCCCAGUAGUGGAGGAUCAUUCCUCUUUGUUGUUCUCUUCUUCUUAG